UUGAGGUCGAGCAGCGUCCUAAGGAAUGAGACGAGUGUGGCAGGCAUGGGCCUGCUAUCUACUGUGGGCGGUGUGGCUCUUGGAGUCCACUGCUGCCCUCCAACCGACAGUGGUUGGAAUAUCCAAAGACCUGAUCGAGGAAAAUAGCAAGUCAGUGAUUAGUGGAACUUCAAGUUACCAAAAACAGUUACUAUCACCCACCGAUCUCCUGACUUCGGCAUCAGGAUACCAUGGCGGAGGUCAUGGUGGAGGGCAUGGUGGAGGUGGUCACGGACACGGUGGUGGACAUGGAGGAGGUGGCGGUGGUCACGGGGGUGGUGGACAUGGAGGAGGUGGCGGCGGUCAUCAUGAGAGUGGAGGCGGGGAUUCCCACCACUCUGGGCACCAUUCAGGCCACGGCAGUAAAGGUGAUAAAGGCUACAAGGGACAUCAUGAUUAUGAAAAGGGUGAAAAAGGGCAUCAUGACAAAGAAGGACACAGUGGUCAUUACAGUGAUCACGGAGGACACAAGAAGGGCCACCAUGAAGGAGGAGGUUACUAUGGUGAGCACCAUCACGGUGAAAAGGGCGAGAAAGGAUCAAAGUACGGUGAGGGUGGUGGUCACAAGAAAGGACAUAGCACAAAGGGACAUCAUGAAGUGCACAAGAAGGACGAAUACAAGAAGAAUCACGAGUUUCACGAUGAGCACCACGAGGGAGGUCACCACAGCAAGCACGGAGGUCACGAGAGCCACCACGAAAAGAAGGGAGGAGGUCAUCAUAAGGGAGGACAUCACAAGUCUGGGUACCAUGCCGAUCACCACGGAAAGAAGGGUCAUCACGCAAAGGGACACUACCACGAUGAUCAUAAAGGUUACAAAGGAUCACAUGGACACGAUAGUCACUAUGGCCACCAUGGGGAGCACGGCAGCAAAGGCGGCUCCUCUGGUGGGCCAUGGCGGUCAUGGAGGAGGUGGCCACGGGGGCGACACGGAGGAGGUGGCCACGGGGGUGGGGAUUAUGGAGGCGGAGGACACGGAGGCGGAGGCCAUGGCGGUCAUGGAGGAGGUGGCCACGGGGGCGGCGGUCAUGGCGGAAGUUGGCAUGGACAUGGGGGAGGUGGACAUGGAGGAGGUGGUCACGGAGGUGGUCACGGAGGUGGUCACGGAGGUGGUGGACACGACCAUCAUUGGGUUAGCAGUUAUGGUGGUCACUGGUAGUAAAUAUUAUGAGAACGUACUAUGUUACUUGUUGCUUUAGUUCCAGUGGACUUUUUUGGGUAUUAUGUAAUGUUUAAUUUUUUGUUUAAACCAUCGAGGUUUGAUCUCAAAACGUGUUGUACCGUUCUAUUUGUUUUUCGUUAAUUUUUAUUGUAAAAUUUAAAAUAUUAUGCGUAUAUCAGGUAUGUGUUGACUAACAAUGUCAAAUUUGGGCUAUCAUUUAAAUCAAUAUUACUGUAGAGUUUGUAGUUCUAAUGUCUUGAAUUGAUUUUACUGUUUCUAUACAAUGUUACACUUUAACCAAAAACGUCAUGAAAUGAAAUUAUGAAUGCUUAGCAAGGUUUAUAUUUGUAGUACAAUGUUCUCUGUUGCAAGUGUGAAUGAUGAAUUAUUGUUCUUAAAAGCUUAAAGCUCAGAAUAUAACUACAGAUUCAAAUAUUAGUUGUGGUGAUAAUUGAACGCAGUAGCUGUGAAAGAAAUGAUUCUAUAUACGAACUGGAUUUAUAUUGGUCGUACUUGUUAUGGUUAUAAAUGAAUAUCUACGAAUGUCAUCAAUAAAUACCAAUGUUGGACCUAUCGCAAUCUCA